AUGAAAAUACUUUUAGUGGAAACCUAUGGACGGCCGCCACGACCGCCACCGCCGCCCACAACCACAACAGUCCCGCCAUUUACUCUCUCUGCCGAUGAUAUGUCUAAAUACGGGAUUAACGACAAGAACUGUGGCCUCAAAGGCUUCACACCCGAAACCAUUGACAUAUUGUAUAACAACACUAAAUGUUUUCACAACAGCUAUAGUCCACUAUCAGAGAUGGAUAUGAAUGGCCCGCACUUAUGGCCUAAACAGGAUCUGACGACCAGUCGUAUAAUGGGUGGUGUGGGCAAAGCUAAGUUGGGCGAAGCACCAUGGGUGGUUUACAUUAUCAGCUAUGGUUAUGAGUGGGAACGAGGUAGCGUAUCUGGGGGUGUACCACCUUGGAAAAAGUAUAGCAUUGAGUGCAGCGGUGUAUUGGUUGCCAAACUAUGGAUUUUAACGGCCGCCGAAUGUUUCAGACCUCAAGGGACCUGGAAUUGGUUUUCAAGGCAUUUUAUUAGGUUUGGUAAUAAUAAAGAGAUAGGACAGGGAAUAAUGGGACAGGUGAAGUGUACAGUUAACUAUACUUACUAUGGCGUCGGCCGCACAGACGGCGUGGCUCUGUGUCGGCUCCAUCAGGACUUCAACAUCCAGAUAGAGGGUAGUGGACACAUGUUGGUCAACACCGUAUGCCUGCCUGAGUCGCGUCGAGUGCUCACUCGCACCGAGUUGGCCACAAUGUACGGCUUUGGAGAGACCGACUCGUAUAAGGCUACUGAUAAUUGGUUACGUAAGGGUGUGAUUAAACUACAACCGUCCAGCGCUUGUCCCGAUCCCUAUCCCGAAAACCUGUGCUCCGAUUACAAGAGAGACAACAUAUCCACACCAUGUUAUGGCGAUUUGGGCGCCGGUGUUGUCCAGUAUACUGACAAAUACGAGACCCGGGCUAUACUGGUUGCCACACACGUCAAUCGGUCAAAAUUCGCUGACAGAACUUGCCAUGAUCAAUACAUGGAAACCUAUGGACGGCCGCCACUGCCGUCACCGCCGCCCACAACCACAACAGUCCCGCCAUUCACUCUCUCUGCCGCUGAUAUGUCUAAAUACGGGAUUAACGACAAGAACUGUGGCCUCAGAGGCUUCACACCCGAAACCAUUGACAUAUUGUAUAACAACACUAAAUGUUUUCACAACAGCUAUAGUCCACAAACAGUGAUGGAUAUGAAUGGCCCGCACUUAUGGCGUAAACAGCAUCUGAUGACCAGUCGUUUAAUGGGUCGAAUGGCCAAAGCGAAGUUGGGCGAAGCACCAUGGGUGGUUAGCAUUAUCAGCACUGGUUGGAAGUAUAACUUACCGAUUAUCGUACCUGUGACAAAAAUCAGCAUUGAGUGCAGCGGUGUAUUGGUUACCAAACGAUGGGUUUUAACCGCCGCCGAAUGUCUCAUACCUCAAGGGGAAAGCUUUCAAAAGACUUUUAUUAGGUUUGGUAAUAAUAAAGCUGAAUUAGUGGGAAUAGUGAACGAAGUGAAGUGUGAAGUUAACUAUACUCAAUAUGGCGGCGGCCGCUCAGACGGCCUGGCUCUGUGUCGGCUCGAGCCGUACGUCAACAUCGAGAUAGAGGGUCAACUCAUGUCGAUCAACACAGUAUGCCUGCCUGAGUCGGGUCGAGUGCUCACUCACACCGAGUUGGCCACAAUGUACGGCUUUGGAGUGUAUGACUUGCAAAAAGGCACUGAUAAUUGGUUACGUAAAGGUGUACUUAAACUACAGCCGUCCAGCGCUUGUCCCGAUCCCUAUCCCGAAAAGCUGUGCUCCGAUUACAAGAGAGACAACACAUCCACCCCCUGUUAUGGCGAUUUGGGGGCCGGUGUUGUCCAGUAUACUGACAAAUACGAGACUCGGGCUAUACUGGUUGCCACACACGCCAAUCGGGGACAAUUCGCUGACAAAGCUUGUCAUUCACAGUACAGUUAUUACAUCUCCACCGCAUAUAUUAUGGAUUGGAUAUUACAGACAAUUUCAACCAAAUCAUAA